CGGCGACCCGGAAGCGGUCCCCGGCGUCGGGGCGGGAGGGACGAGCGCUGAUGAGUCGAGGCUGGUGUGCGCAGCUGUUGCCAGGCCAUGGCGGGGACGGCGCUCAAGAGGCUGAUGGCCGAGUACAAACAAUUAACACUGAACCCUCCAGAAGGAAUUGUGGCAGGCCCCAUGAAUGAAGAGAAUUUUUUUGAAUGGGAGGCAUUGAUCAUGGGCCCAGAAGACACUUGUUUUGAGUUUGGUGUUUUUCCUGCCAUUCUGAGUUUCCCACUUGAUUACCCGUUAAGUCCCCCAAAGAUGAGGUUUACCUGUGAGAUGUUUCAUCCCAACAUCUACCCCGACGGGAGGGUGUGCAUCUCUAUCCUGCACGCCCCUGGUGACGACCCCAUGGGCUACGAGAGCAGCGCAGAGCGGUGGAGCCCUGUGCAGAGCGUGGAGAAGAUUCUGCUGUCGGUGGUGAGCAUGCUGGCAGAGCCCAACGAUGAAAGCGGAGCUAAUGUGGAUGCUUCCAAGAUGUGGCGGGACGACCGGGAGCAGUUCUAUAAGAUUGCCAAGCAGAUCGUACAGAAGUCUCUGGGACUCUGAGGCCUUGCCUCACACGUGCACACCGACGUGUGCUCUUGCACAUGCGUGUGAACACACCACCCACAGCCCCAGUGUUCCGGGAAUGCUCAGUGACAGUGGUGCUCUGUGCUGGCACCCAAACAGGCAAACUUGCAAGAUCCGCAGCUUUUUUUUUUUUUUUUUUUUUGUAAUUUUCUCACCCUGGAUGGGCUCGCUUCUGAAAUUAUGGUUUGUUUAGAAUAUUGACAGCUUACUGCAGUUUUGAAGUGUUCCUCGAAAGGUGGUUCAGCUAAAGCUGUCAUCACUACCUCUCCCAGCUGAAAUGCUGACACGCUGACACGCCCAGCUAUUCCCAGCUCCCUGCGAUGCCCUUCCUUCCUAGGUUGAGGGGCUGGCUGUAUGUCCACAUGUCCAGGGCAUGACAGAAUCCUAGCAGCGCUCUUCUGGAGACACGGGCCCCUGCAGCCGAGGUGCGCACAGGACAGGGCAGUGACGCUCUAUGGUCCCUCCUUGUGCUCUCUGCACCCACAGGACUUUAUCAAUUCCUUUCUGAUCCUACUUUUUACAAGCAGAUGUUUUUCUCAUAGUUACAUCUUUUACAUUUUGGAGUAUUAGGAACCAUCACACUUAGAAAUACUUUCUGGAAAUACUUUUUAAAAAUGUGGAUUAAUAGGAAAUGGGGUACACAGAAAAAAUUAUUGCUGCUUAUAAAGACCGUAAGACUGAUUGUUUUUUUCCUGAUCAUAUUUAUCAAAGAUUCACAUCUUUGUAUUACUAUGGCAGGUACGGUGAGAUCCUUAAAGUUUUAGUGAAAGUUUCUUGAUCUACACAGUUUCUCUAUUCUAUUCUGAAAACUAGGAAGCUCUAGGAUUUUGUAGCACUGUGGUUACACUGGGAAUUUGACAAUUGGCACAAAAAUUAUUCUUUGGGACUCAAGGUCAGAGGGGCUCUACCAUUUCUCAGCUCAGAGGAGUGCCUUAUCCUUGACCGGUGCUCGUGGAGGUGGGCCUGUGGGGCUCUCCGGCCCAGGGUGCAGGUGGCACAUUUCUGUGAUUUGAUUGGGUUCUGAUGUUUUCCGCCAUGGUCAGCUGAGCAGCACGGUGCCAGGAGGUCACAUUGUAAGCAAUAACAGAUCUGUUGCAUGCAAAAUCAGAUAUUUGGCCUGUUUCAAACAGGUUAAAUUUAAAUAGGAAUUUCUAUUUUUGAAAUAAGGGAUGGUUUAUGAGGCAUACAACAGAUUUUACUUCACCUGUCCCUUUUCCCUUCUCUUUCACAAUGGAUCCAGUGGACAGUUGUCUGUGUGACUGAAACCUCACACAUAAUGUCAUGGUGUUGACAGUUUCCAUGAACUGGUUGAAGCAGUUCCAUGUCUGGCUUCUGUGUAUGCCGGGUUCUUUCCUUCUCAGAAGGGAAUCAUUCAAAAUGUGAAAUGCCAAACAAGCAGGUGUAUUUGGAAGGAGUCAGGAAGGAGAGGUCUUGUACCUAAGUCGUGUUUGCAGGUUUAGGAGGUUGUGGGUAUGGGGAGGAAGGAGAGGCAGUCUCUUUACAAAACAAAGUAUUUUUAUUCAUUUGUAUUUAUUAAAUGAAAAAAAAAUCCUAUAGUGUCCCUAUUCUGUGGUGGAAUUCAAUUACUAUGUUAAAAAUAAAAUUAUAUAUUUUCCCCCUCUUCUGCAGUGUAUUUUUCUCUGUUGUAUUUUCAUGUAAUCAGAUAGAAGCCAGGGCAGGGCUGCACACUGGGGAGCUGCCAGAGGCCCAGCAGGUGGGCCAUCCUCCAGGGCGCAGGCAGCCCUGCCUGAUCAUCUGGGCCUAUGCUCCAGCUCCAGGAUUCCUGACCAGGAAGUUUAUUCUGAAGGCUCAAGGCUCGGGUCAGCUCUGCAGAGUUUUAUUCUCUUUCUUUCUUGUUUCCUUUCCUUCAUUCUGUUGUCGUUCUGAACCCUCAGAUCUGCAGCAGGACUCAGAACUGUGAACUUUGUGCAGACAUGUGUGCUUACUGACCUGAGCCUAAAGUUUGGCCUUUUUUUUUUUGUAGAGACAGUCUCACUGUACUGCCCUCGGUAGAGUGCCGUGGCAUCACACGGCUCACAGCAACCUCUAACUCUUGGGCUUACCCGAUUCUCUUGCCUCAGCCUCCCGAGCAGCUGGGACUACAGGCGCCCGCCACAACGCCCGGCUAUUUUUUUGUUGCAGUUUGGCCGGGGCUGGGUUUGAACCCGCCACCCUCGGCAUAUGGGGCCGGCACCCUACUCACUGAGCCAUAGGCGCCGCCCAUACAUACACCAUCAUAGGACUCUCACAGUCCUAUGAAACUGGCAGACUGUUCAGAUCAUAUUUCGGUUCUGUGAUGCCUCAAAGCAUGUCAUAUUCCCAUCACUGCUCUGAUGUUACGGCUGCUAAUUGCACCUGCCUCUAAAUCUUUUUUAGUGUGUUACUGACAAGGCUGGUUCCCCGAUUACUAUUUGGUGCUUACAGCGGGCUUUCCUUUGCUAUCCUACUUCAGUCUAUAUUCGUUUAAAGACAUUCUUCUGAGACAGUUGCCUGGCUCACAACGGCCCUGCUGGAGCCUUUUUCCUGGACCUCUCCUACCCCCCAACCUUGAGCUCCUGGGCUCUCUUGGUGCUGUGUUCUGGGUGAUUGCCUCAGUGCUGUCCUCUAGCAUCAGUUUUGCCUUUCGUACAGUGUUUUCUGUACCCACCAUACUUUGUAAUAUUCAAGAAUAAUGUGCUACCGAGUUGGGGGUCCCACCCCAGGGCCAGUGAUUUGCCAGGGCUCCUCACAGGACAGCUGUGGUCCCCGUGGCUACUAUUUACCAAAGCAAAAGUACAUAGCAGGAUGCAGGGGCUGAGUCCAGGGGAAACCCAGGGAUCAGUCUUCCAGAGCCCUGGGUGGGGGGAUGUGCGGGUGGCUCACAGGACAUAUCUGACCCCCAGAACAUGGCUAUAAUGACAUGUGGGUGGUGGUGCGUCCACUAGGGAGCUCAUCAGACACAGUGGCCAGGGUUGUACUGGGUGGUCACGUAGGCAUCUUCUGCCUGAUGUGCCAAGAUUCUAGAUCCUGUGGGGAGCAGGUACUCAGAAUAAACUGUGCAGUUUGCACAGACAGCUUAGGCCCAGUGAGGCAGGGUGUCUGGAGUUCUCCCCAAAUCCAGGUUUUCAGAUACCAGCCAAGGGCUAGCCUGCCAGCCUGCAGGAUAGACUCUGCUGCUCAGAUUCAUUGCCUGCAUUUUUUCUCUUUAGGGUUUUUGAUUAGAUUUACUUUAAACAUUUAGUUUGGGUGCUCGGCUCGGCACUUGGCGGCCGCCCAGCUCCAUGCGGGGUGACCCCCAGCGUGGCUGUGGCGGAGUUCCAUGGAAAAUGGGAGACCACUGGAUCCUGCAGACUGGGCCAUGAUGGAUGUCGUCAAUUAUUUCCGGACAGCAGGAUUUGAGGAGCAAGCUAGUGCUUUUCAGGAACAGGAAAUUGAUGGGAAAUCCCUGCUAUUGAUGACGAGGAACGAUGUGUUGACAGGACUUCAGUUGAAAUUGGGACUUGCUCUGAAAAUCUACGAGUAUCACGUAAAACCUCUGCAGACAAAGCAUUUGAAGAACAGCUCUUCGUAGUACAAUCCAGGUGGGGUCUUAGAUCUCAAAAAAUACAUAAUGGCAUAAUUUGGUUCAUGUGAUGAAACUUUGUAAACAGAAUACAUACAUGUUUAUAUGUAAAGAAUUUCAAUCAAACGUUAUCCAAUGGAUAGACUAGGCAAUACAUCUGCUGACCUGAAUUCAGCCGGGAGGGGCAAGGACAAGACAGGCCUGGGGUGGUUUUCCUUUUGGAGUCUGUCAAAUAGAAUGUUCUUUGACACAACUAGACAGUCCUCCCCGCAAAGGCUUUGAAACCAUAAGGAUUCUUUCUUCAUAGAUUAUAUUCCAAAAAUCCUUAAAAAAAAAGAAUGAAAUGAGCAUCUUUUGGUUCAGACUUUUGGUUUCAGAACUUUGGUUCAGACUAGGAAGAGCAAAAACAAGAAAGCUUGGGGAGGUAAAGAAGAGACCAAGGGCUCGCCGUCUUCCUUGAAUUCCUCUGCUCCUUGGAGCUGAUGGUACUUGGACAGGAUUGCCGACACCCUUUUUAUAGAGGGUCCUCCACUUGACCUUAUUAAGGUUUUAUUGGGAUUUGCUAUAAUGUUUGAAAUGAACAUGUGCCAUGGCCCCUUCAGGAGCAGAAUCGUGACUUAGAAAAGAGAAACUCCGUUGUAUACUGGGGCUGUCCAUCCAUCCUCAACUCACUUUCAUGGGGUGGGGGGUGGGGGGAAUGGUAUUUUCUGCAUAGAUUGGUUCUUUGUUUCUGGAGAAAAUAU